CACACUCAUACAGCGUGCUGCACACACACACACACACACACACACACACUCUCCACUGGUGAGCAUUCGACCAGCAUUCUGCUUUCCCUCUCUCUCUCUAACACAUAUUCCCACUUUGUCACACAUAUCCAAUCACACAGCCUGGUUCAGAGCCACAUGAAGUGGUGUUGCAUGAGGAGGAGAAAGUAAAUGUUAGAGAACAAAGAGACAGGAAAGUGAGGGAUGGAAUACAGAAGGAAGACGUAAAUCUAGACACAAGAGACUCCGACUCUGCAAUUACGAAGAGGCUACAGCGGGGACAUACCUCACGUCUGAGAACACUCAGAAAACUGGAGUGAAUAUCUGAAGCAGUGGCAAUCGACAGCUGUUGUGUAUCAGCGUGUGUGUGCCCACCCGCGGUGUGUGUGUCCUCCUUCCCACUGCUGUGUGCUUGUGUUUGUGUCUCCUUGCUACCCUUGACCUGACUGUGUCACCAUGUUCUGGACUCUUCUCCUGGCACUGAUCCUAUUGCUGGUGCUCCAGGCCCAGUUGUACGUGUGCCUGAGGGAGCUCAGAUCCUCCACGACCUCUGUGAUCUCAGUGAUCCCGAAUGAGACCACCAACAGCAGCACCUCACGACGCAUACCAGGUGCCAUCAUCAUCGGGGUACGCAAGGGUGGCACCAGAGCCCUGCUGGAGAUGCUCAACCUUCAUCCAGAUGUGGAGGUGGCCAAGGCUGAAGUGCACUACUUCAACUUGGAUGAAAACUUCCACAAGGGUUUGGACUGGUAUCGUGCUCAGAUGCCUCUCACCCUUGCUGGGCAGGUGACCGUGGAAAAGACUCCAGGUUAUUUCACAGCACCUAUGGUUCCACCCAGAAUGUGGUCAGUGAAUCCAGCAGUGAAGCUUCUUCUGAUCGUACGCGACCCAGCCGAGAGGCUGGUGUCUGACUACACACAGGUCCUGCACAACCGCAUCCAGCAGAACAAGCCAUACAAGCCUCUGGAGGAACUGCUCCUGCGCAGAGGACACAUCAACCCCAACUACAAGGCCCUCCAGAGAAGCCUUUACCACCAACACCUGGCCAGGUGGCUGGCGCUUUUCCCCAGGAAACAGAUCCAUAUUGUUGAUGGAGAGGCGUUAAUCCGAGACCCAUUCCCAGAACUUCAAAAAGCAGAGAAAUUCCUGGAACUUCCACCACGGAUAAUGCCAGAUAACUUCUACUUCAACACCACUAAAGGGUUUUACUGCCUGCUUUCCGCAGGACAUGACAAGUGCCUGGAUGAAUCAAAAGGAAGGCCACACGCACCCCUCAGCAACGAGGCUUUCCAAAAGCUCUGCCGAUUCCUCAGAUUACCCAAUCAGAUCUUUUUUAGGAUGACAGGCCAGACUUUUGACUGGUGCUGAUAAAAAGUUUAUGCUAGAUUUUAAAACUGUAGACAAAAUCUGCCAUGAAACAUCCUGUCUGCUCAGAACACUACAUGUUAUUUAAUAUUUGACUGAGAUUUGAUUAAUGUCCGGGGUUUAUUCCAACCAGAGCUUCUAACCAAACUUGGUUUAUUCCUACCAAGUCCAAGAACUGAUCUGAAAAAGAAAAAUAACAAGAGCACAAAUGUGAAAAACAGACUGUACUCCUGGUGCAAAGGUUCCUCCUGGUGUUGGUUGUGCAGAACUGCAACAAACCUGAUCUUGAAAUUCAGGGGUAUGGAUUAAUGGACUCAGGCUGUAGAUCAGGGUUUACUAAUCUUAUCCACAGAUUAGCUGCUUGGUUUUAAUGAAAAGCUGCAGCUGCACUGGCACUUUGUGGAUAUGAUUGUUGAGCCCUGCUGUAGACUAACUGUGUGUUUAAAAUGUUAAUACAUGUACAUAAAAAAAACAGCUGCUGAGGGAUGUAUGGGUAAUAUGUAAGUACUCACAUUACCAAUAAGACAAACAUUAUGUAGCUUAUACUUUGUGUAUUUUGUGUACUUUACAAAGGUUUGUAUAAGUGUAUGACUGAGCACCAUAAUCAUUCUAGUAAUUAGUUGGCUUUUCAUCCUUGCCAUUUGUAAAAUUAAUCUAUACUUGAAUGUUUUGUCUGCCAUUUUGAAUAGAAGUUUCUAUUUUUAAA